CUGCCCUCGUCCAGUCGACCACCUACUGCGCAGACAUCACCAACGUCCUCUCGCCUGCUCACUUCUAGCCCACACCCACACCCGUCCCGAAGCAACCAACUGACCACCAUGAACCACGGCGGCGACCACGGCGGACACGGCGGGCACGACAUGCCCGGGAUGCCGGCAGGCCCGACGUGCUCGAUGAACAUGCUCUGGAACACGCAGAUCGCGGACACCUGCAUCGUCUUCCGCUCGUGGCACAUCUCCUCGACGACCGCCUUCGUGUUCUCGUGCGCGGUCGUCGUCGGCCUGGGGGUGCUGUACGAGUGGCUGCGCGCGGCGCAGCGCACGCUCGACCGCCGCAUCGCCGCGACGCUCUCCGCGCAGGGCAAGGGCAAGGCCGCCGCGGCGAGCACAAGCCGAGGGGAGGGAUCGGUGAGUGGCAGGAACAGCCCCGAGUGGGAGUCGGAAGAGGCGGGAUUGUUGACUGGUUCGUUGGUUACGAAGGCGCGCGCUGGGACCGCGCUCCCUGUGUCCGCUCGUAUCAGCCGUGCGGUGCUGUACGGCGCGUCGGUGUUCCUGUCGUUCUUCCUCAUGCUGGUCUUCAUGACGUACAACGCAUACCUCAUCCUCGCCACGGUUGUCGGUGCCGCUCUGGGCAACUUCAUCUUCUCGACCCAUAUGGACAUCGACGCGGUCCUCGCCGGUGGCGCAGACGGGAAGGGUAUGGCGUGCCAUUAAGGCUCGCUCGUUUACAUGUUAUGGUGGAUGUGUACGAUAUAUCUGUGCUUGCCUGCCGUUUGUUGCGAUGUGUCGACUGUUGUUUGCUUUUCGAGGAGACCUAUACACUCUCAGGAUGUCCGCAUUUACUAGGAUCGAUCGGGUCUCAGUUAAAUCGAGUGUCUUGCGUGUAAACGGACAAAUAUCGCGCCACGAAUGUCUGGUGGCAAGUAAUGGGACAAGAUGAAGACAGCAAGGAGAGAAUCUAAUAACACAGCUAUGCGAACAGUUCUGGGGUAAUAGGAAGAGCGCACUACAACCAGAUCCUGGUACAUACUCAUCGACGGAUGCCUCUUGCGGCGGGAACACCACGACCGCGGCGCGCUUUGGCCCGCAUGAUCGUUGCCCUUCCACGCGCCGUACCAAUACCCCUUCCUUUCAUCGCGUUCGGUCCCACACGCUUGAACAUGGGCGCGUUCUGCAGCAUGUCCGGGACAAUGAAGAAUCUGACCAUACUUCCCCUGAUGUACACCUGAUCCAGCUGGGACACACGCCCGUCGCGUUGCGUCACGGUGAUGUCCUUCAGCGAGAUGUUCAGGUUGUCCUCGGCCUCGGCAAGCUUGCCGCGGUAUAGCUGGCCAGUUUUGAGCUCGACGGUAAUGACAUGUCCAAGGGACUCGUGGAGGAGCUUGACGGGAAUUCCGAGUCCUGAGGUCGCCAUUUCUGCG